AUAGACUCCCUACUAGCAAAGAAAUAGAGAGAUCGCUGGCCUCUUUACUCCUCGGCUCUGCCUCUCUCUGCGAGAUCGGAUCCUCAGCGAUCCGGCACCCAAAAAUCUUUGGAACCUUCUCGCAUUACCAAACCCUAGGUUCUGAUGGCAACUGCUAAUUCAUCGGCUCCCACUGGUCCGCAUCUUUCGCCGCGAUAUUCACCGGACGGUCACAGUAGUCCCAAAUCGCGGCGCUCGGCUGCUCGGGGCGCGGUGACGUCGCCCUGGACGCAGGUGGUGCGUGGUGAAUCGGAAUCGAUCACCGCGGCUCCAUCUUCACCCGUAUCGUCUCAGGAGCAAAUUGUGGUUUCGUCUGAUUGCUCGCCUACGAAAGCGACUUCGGAUUCUCCGGCUUCGCCGGAGGAUUCUUCGCAAGUGGAGGCUCAACUGGAAAGUUCUGAUAACGGCAACGGCAAUGCCGGUAAGCGGCCGGCGUGGAAUAAGCCUUCGAAUGGCGUUGCUGAGGUUGGGCCUGUGAUGGGGGCCAGUUCUUGGCCCGCUCUCUCAGAGUCCGCCAGAGCUUCUGCUAAAUCUGCGUCUGAUUCAUUGAAAAGUCCCACAGAUGGAUCCAUCUCGACGCCGCCGGCUCAGGUUCACGUUCAGGGGAGUGGAAAUGCAUCUUCUCCUUCACACAAACAAGUCAAUAAUAAUCCAAUUCCUAGUUCCACUCCGAGCCAUGCUUUACCCACACGCCAGAAAUCUAUGAAGCGCGGUGACCGCAGUGGAGGGAGUAGUUCUGCCAAUGCCGGCCUCCCUCAGCCGGCAGCUCCUCAGGGCCCAGUAAUGGAAGUGCCUCCUAAUAACUCUUCUCCUAGAGAUCAUACGAACAGAAGUAUCCAUCCGGAGGGUGGACAAAGGGGUGGAUUUGUGCCACAAUCCCAUAGUGGUAACGAUUACCCACAUCAACGGGGUUCUUAUCGAAAAGGAAAUAGUGGCCCCCAUUCACGGGGAGAUGGUUCUCACCAUCACGGUUAUGGGGGCAGGCGUGACCAGGACCGUGUGAACCAUGAUUGGAAUCCUCAUCGAAAUUUUAAUAGAGAACCCCAUAUGCAGCCGCGAGUUGUUGCUAGGGGCUUUAUUAGGCCCCCAUCACAUUCUUCUGCUCAGUUUAUUGCUCCCCCUCAUCUGCGACCUUUUGGUAAUCCCAUUCUUUACCAGGAAUUGGCAUCUCCAGUGUCUCAGGUGGUGUAUGUUCCAGCUCCGCAUGCAGACCCCCUCAGAACUGUGCCUUUUGUUGCACCAAUGCCUCAUCCAAUGUUUUUUCCUCCCCAGGAUCAUCAGUUGCAUGCUAAGUUAGUUGCUCAGAUAGAUUAUUAUUUCAGUAAUGAGAAUUUAAUUAAAGAUAUUUACUUGAGGCAGAACAUGGAUGAACAGGGCUGGGUUCCUGUUAAAUUAAUAGCAGGCUUCAAAAAAGUGAAGCUUUUGACAGAAAAUAUCCAGCUCAUAUUGGAAGCUGUAAGAACUUCUACUAUUGUGGAAGUACAGGGUGACAAAUUAAGGAGGCGUGGUGAUUGGAUGAAAUGGAUAAUGCCGCCAUCUGUUCAGUUCUCUCCUCUUUCAAGCCCUCAGUCUAUUGGAAGUUCUAGUUAUGAUACGCUGGCAGCUCGUUUCCAAAAUGUCACACUAGGGGAGCAGACUACUAACUACAGUACUGUGAGGAGUGAAGCAGAUGUCCAUGUUGAGGCAUUCUCAAGUAGAUCAUCAUCUGGAGAUUUGAAUAGCCAGUCAAAGCCAUACAGCAGCGAGGGGCCCAGCCAAGUUGGUGUUCAAGGAGGUCCUGAUCGCUCAAAUUCAGCAAAGAAUUUCAAGUAAGAGAGACAUGUGCUGGUGCACAUCUUUUUGAGGAGGGUUGUUGGAGGGAAAUAGGGGAGGAGGGAAUUAAUGACAAUGGUGAAUAUCUUUCAUUUUCUCGGAGAUAGUGGCCUUGCCAUGACAUGAUGAAAUUGAUUUCUCAUGAGGCAGCAGACAGACAAACUAGAAAGGGGGAAAAAAGAAAAAAAACAAAAAAAACUACUAAGAAGUGAUCAAAAGACCAAAGGAAAAAUGCUUUUUGUGACUUGAGCUAGUACCAUAAGUUUAUUGGGAUGUAUGUAUGGUUUUACUGGAUGUUGCCUUUUUACCUCAUUUUUAUUGGUGGCAUGGUUGGCAUUUCCAUCUGGGGAAUUUUGAUGCUAUUUCCCCUCGCAGCCUCUCAGCUGUUUUUCUUUUUAAUCUACGGGGUCAGGUUACCUCCAAUUUUAGGAGGGAGACUAAUCUAAUGAAGAGUGAUGGAAGAAAGGGUUUGGUUGGUGUGUAUUUGCGUCCUGGCAAAAAAAGGAGGGUGGAUCUGUUGGAUGCUGCUGCUUGUGCUACAACUAAAACUUUACGCCAGUCAGGAUCCUGGGUGACAUGAUCUUUUUUAGUUUUUACUAUGUUGUUAUAUAUAUAUUAUAUAUACAUAUCUUACAUUCAUAUGUAUACUUUCUUUCUUCAAGACCAGUUGAAGAUUUUACUACAUAAAAUUGGCCCCCUUGUUGGGCUCGAACCUUUGAAACA